AUGUCAUUCCUCUUCAAAUAUUCUGCGGUCCUGCGGACCAUCAAGGCGCAUGAGCGCUGUCACAGAUUGAAGAGAGAGAAGAAGAAGAUGUUCAAGAAUAAUGCGGAUGGCGCUGCCUGUGAGAGAUUGAAGAAGAAGAUAGUGAAGAGCCUCAUGCAGCAGUGA